UUAUAAGUAGAGAGACUAACUGUGUUCUGCCCCAGACACCAGCUUCUGUCCAUUGUUGAGCAUCUUCAAAGCUGCAAAGACUAUCCUACUACCAUCUGGCAUCAUGAGAAUCCUUUUCUUCCUCGUUGCUGCUCUCUUCUUCCUCUUCCAAGCUGCUCCAGCUUACAGCCAGGUAGAUGCUGACACUGCAGCAUGCCGGCAAAACCGGGGCUCCUGCUCGUUUGUUGAAUGCUCUCCUCCUAUGGUUAACAUUGGGACCUGCCGCAGUGGGAAGCUGAAAUGCUGCAAAUGGACACCCAGUUCCUAGAGCUGACACCUCAUUGACCACAUAAAUAUCUGGGCAUCCAAGACACCUCUCUUCCUUUGACACCAGUGGAUCCCAGUCUCAGUGCAAUCUUGGGGAGCCUUUCACACAAAGGCAAAGACCCUUAUGAGCUAAAGAAGGUCUGAGGAGGUUUUGUACCCCAAUAAAGAGAUUUGCAACUUGAGUUCUAAUAAAAGCAAAAUCACUGUGAAACCACAUUGCUCGUAUUUGCUCAUGUACGUCAGGAUAGCUUUUGCUGGCUUUGUUGUCUAUAAAAUCAACCUGUAAAUGGAAUUUAUUUAACUAAAUUGAGUUAAUUCAAGUGUGCAUGUCCCUAAGCCCUGUUAAAUCAUCCUGCAGAGUGUCUGUGUUGCAGUGUUUUGUGCGAGAACAUAUAUACUAAUAAAUCAAAAAGCACUAGA